AUGUUCUUCAAUAUCUUCAAAGCCGUCGUUCCGGCUCUCUUUUUGUCUUCUGUAGCCCAAGCUGCUGCUCAGAUAGACAUCACCUCAGUGGGGCCCAAGACAGCUCUAUCCGCAAAAUCAAAGAUUUGCAACGUUCUCGACUAUGGUGCAGUUGCCGAUAACGCGACGGACAUUGGACCCGCUAUAUUGAAGGCCUUUAGCUCAUGUGCAUCCACUGGUGGAGCUACGAUUUAUGUGCCUCCUGGUUCAUAUUCAAUUGCAACUGGUGUUACACUCAACAAAGGGAGUGCCUACGCUUUCCAAAUUGAUGGAUUGAUCACUCUAACGGCGGACGGAAGUUUCGGUGGAAACGCCAUUGUUAUCGAGAAUGCUUCCGAUGUUGAGGUCUUCUCUAGCAAUGGCCUUGGAGCUAUCAAUGGGCAAGGAUACCUCCACAGAAUUUCAGGCUCCAGCCAAAACGCAAGACUGUUCCGUUUCAUCAGCUGCUCGUACAUCUCAAUCCACGACAUCAUCUUUGUGGAUUCACCUACAUUCCAUCUAGUACUCAACAGCGUCUCGAAUUUGGAAGCAUACCAGAUCACGGUCCGAGGACCAGCUAUUGGUGGAACUGAUGGAAUUGACCUGAUAUGUCUCGACAACUGCUACCUCCAUCACAUCGAGGUCACGAACAGGGAUGAAUGCAUCAGUGUGAAGACCCCGUCAAACAAUGUGUUGAUUGAGGAAGUCUACUGCAACCAAAGUGGAGGCAUGUCAAUUGGAUCACUAACAGCGGAUGAUGUAACAGCUGGUGACGAGGCGGCCGUCAGCAACAUUACCAUGAGAAACAUUUACAUCUACCAAUGCACCGAGAUGCUCAUGAUCAAGACUUUCCCGGGAGGAAGCGGAGCAGUAGGAUACGUCAAGGACUCGCUCUUCGAAAACUUCUGGGCCUACGACACAACCUACGGUCUCGGUAAACAUCGACCAAUACUGGUACUCGCACACCACACCCGACACUGGCGCCGUUGCUCUCAGCGGCCUCACAUUCAACAACUGGACCGGCACGGUCGACAACGGCGCGCGCGCGCCCCCAUCGUAAUCCGUGGCUCUGACAUCGUCCCUAUAACCGACAUCUCGCUCACCAACAUCGACAUGUGGACCGAGAAUGGGGAUAAGAUUCUAAACCAGUGCAAGAACGUGUACGGUACUGGAUACUGCGCCGGAACAUCUACCGCUUCACCACUAGCGACUUUCACCACCACUGCAACGACUACCGUGACGCCUGCGGGGUACACUUCGCCUACGAGCCCGGCGUGGGGUAUCGCUGGCUAUGGGACUACGCUUCCUAUUCCUGUUUAUACACCUGCUGCGUUCUGGGCCCCUGUUUCUUCGGGAGUGGUCAGCGCAUCUGCAACUCCUACUGCUUAA